AUGUUUGAUGUUCCAAAAAACACGCUCUCUGGCUGGAUAAAAAAAUCAGAGUCGAUCAAGGAGGGUUACGCUAAAUUUGGUCCAAAACGACGAAAUAUGAGAACGGGCAACUACGAAGAAUUAGAGUCAGCAUUACUGUUAGUGGUGAAGCGAAAUCCGCUGAUCAGAAUGAGGUUGACAAGUGGUCGUGACAUCUAUAACGCCGACGAAACAGGCUUGUUCUUCAAACUCACACCAGAUAAAACUCUAGAAUUUAAGAAUGUGAAAUGUGUAGGUGGUAAACGUAGCAAAGAGCGGAUUACAGUUUUAGUUUGUGCUAACAUGACAGGUGAAGAUAAAGUUCCAUUGUUUGUGAUAGGUAAAUAA